UAUUUGGGCAUAAAUUUUAUAAUUAAAAGGAAAAAAAAUUAAUUUGAGGGUUUCCUUCAUCACGCCCACAACACUUCUCAUCAUAUCGCACCGUGAAACUUUUUAUUUGUAUAUAUAUAUAUACAAAUAAAAAAUUAAUUGGGAGUCGUUGGAGAGCGAUUUCAUCCGGCGACGCUCCCGUGAGGAUUAGGGUUUCGUUUUUCUUGUUCUCGAUUCGGAGAAUUCGUCUAUGGCGUGGGGGUUUUGAUCUAAUCUUGGAUCGAAUUCGUGCUCUACGCGUUGGAAUUCUGGUGAUUGGAUUGGGUUUUGGAGAAUAUGAUCGUGAGGAGGAGUUUGGCGACGCAAAUGCCGAGCAUGAAGCGCUGCAACGCGGAGGAGCCGUGUGCUUGCGGGGAGGAACCUCCAGGGAGCUGCUGCAAGCGGCGGCGGAGGAUUGCCGGCGAGUUUCCUAUCGAGGUAGAAGGCGAUGCUGUGGGGGUUCCUUGCCUAUCUAGUAGUGGCCGAGGGGAUCCGGUGGUGAGGAGAGGCGGGAUGGAUGUGUCCUGCUCUGGUGAGGUGGAGUCGAAUCAACAGAGGUCGCAUAUGGUGCGGACGUCGCGGGGGAGGGCAUUGCCGUCGAGGUUCAAGGAUUCGGUGAUACUCGACCCUUCGGAGAAGGACAACCCUACGGCUCAGGCAUUUGACUCCGAGUUCCCAAUGGAUAAGGAUCGAGCCCAUCCUUCGAACGCGAGAAUUCUACAUAAAAACCCUAGUCCUGCUAUCCCGUCGACAUGGUUCAAAAAGGGAACGUCUUGUCAGGCUUGCGAGAACUCAACGUCUGGCAGCACGCUUGCAUCGAUUGACGAGAACUCUGAAGCAGUCACAGAGGGUGUUUCACCUACGGGCAUUGAUUCAGUUCAACAAUCAAUAAUUGGUGGUUGUUCGGAGGCAAUGCGGGUGCCCGGGCACAAUGCACUUUGUGAGGAUGUUGCUAAACCAGUGGGUUUUGUUCCAGCGGAGAUCUUCUGGGCAAACACAGGAGAGAGUAGGCCGGUGUGGCCUUCAGUUGUGAUUCGGAGAGCAGAUCAGUCCGCUUAUGUAUUGCUCCUUGGGUACUCCAGUGACGCAAAUAGAAGGCAGCAGUAUGCAUGGGUGAACCAGGAGAUGUUAUUUCCUUUUUUGGACAAUGUGGACAGGUUUCAAGGGCAGCCUCUGCCGGUAGGAAACAAUCCUAGUGAUUUUCGCUUGGCUAUAGAGGAGGCGUUCUUGGCUGAGCAUGGUUUUUUGAGAUUGCCGGAGGAUAUGAAUGCGGGUGAUGGCACUGUAUUGGAUCAGGCAAUAGGUUCGAGCCACGUGCACGAACGGCAAUCGCAGAUGAAGGUUAUACGCGGUGGAUGUCAUGCAGAAUAUGAAAAUGCCCACAGUCCAAAGAGUCCGGACGCUGCUGAUUACUUUUGCCCAGACCGAAAGGCAAAUUGUUUUUCUCCACAAUCAGUUACCGAUAAAACGCACUUAGGGGUUAGUUAUGACAACAUGGAGCAACGUGGACAACCUGAUAGGCUGAGUGUUUGUUGCAAUGGUGUCGAUGGAACUUACCUGCUAAAGCAGCACAUGGUUAUCUGCCAGUGUGGCUCAUGCAAGACACAGAAACUCUCACUUGGUGAAUGGGAGCGACAUGCAGGUUCCAGAAGUAAGAAAUGGAAGAUGAGUGUUAAAGUAAAAGGCACAAUGAUGCCACUUGGAAAAUGGUUAGAUCAAUUCCAAGCAAAUGACCUGGUUUCUGUAAGUUAUGCUGAAAGCCAAGUUCCUAAUGUCAGAAAGGAAAGGAUUCUUGAUUUCUUGCAAGAAGCUUUUCAACCAGUAUGUACAAAAUGGACAACAGAACGAUGUGCAGUCUGCCGAUGGGUUGAAGACUGGGAUUACAAUAAAAUCAUCAUUUGCAACAGAUGCCAAAUAGCUGUUCACCAGGAAUGCUAUGGUGUAGUGUGUGAAACAGAUUUCACAUCAUGGAUUUGCAGAGCAUGUGAGACACCUCACCUUGAACGGCAGUGCUGCCUUUGUCCUGUUAAAGGGGGUGCUUUGAAGCCAACAGAUGUUGAUAUGUUAUGGGUGCACGUGACAUGUGCCUGGUUUCACCCGGAGGUUUCUUUUGCAAAUUUUAAAAUGGAACCUGCUAUUGGCAUAUUGAAAAUUCCACUCAAUUCGUUUGCAAAGGUUUGUGUGAUAUGCGAGCAAAUGCAUGGUUCCUGUAUACAAUGCUGCAAGUGCUCCACUUCUUAUCAUGCAAUGUGUGCGUCAAGAGCAGGAUACCGCAUGGAGUUGCAUUGCUCAGAAGUAAAUGGGAAGCAGAUAACAAGAAAGGUGUCUUAUUGUGCAAAGCACAGGGCUCCAAACAUGGAUACUGCACUGAUCUUGAAGACUCCUUUAGGAGUCAUAUCUGGCAAGAGUGCACCCGAGACAAGUAAUGAGAAGCGUGAAGGUUCAAGGUUAAUAAGGAAGGACAUCCCAAAAAAAUCCAUCUCACCAAUUCAUCUUUCUGAGUCUUCAUCUUCUGUGAGAUGUCAGCCAUAUAUGAAGAUAGAAACCGAGCGAAAGAAAGAGGAUGCCACUGCCCAUAUAUUGAUGGGUCCGCGUCGUCAUUCUCUCGAUGCUAUUGAAAACUUGAAGAAUAAUUCUGGGGCCAAGAAAGACUCUGAGCCAUUUUCAACAUUUAAGGAGAGGCUCUUCUACCUGCAGUCAACCGAAAAAAGUAGGGCUUGUUUUGGAAGAUCAGGGAUACAUGGAUGGGGACUCCUUGCACGGAGGAACAUUCAAGAGGGAGAAAUGGUUCUUGUAUACCGAGGGGAGCAGGUUAGACGCGUUGUGGCGGAUAUGAGGGAGGCACGGUAUAGGUUGGAAGGCAAAGAUUGCUAUCUAUUCAAAAUCAGUGAAGAGGUAGUGAUAGAUGCGACAAACAAAGGAAACAUAGCGCGGUUAAUUAACCAUUCUUGCAUGCCCAAUUGCUAUGCAAGAAUCAUGAGCGUUGGAAAUGGUCAAAGCUGCAUUGUGCUCAUAGCCAAGAGCAAUGUUUCUGCAGGAACUGAGUUGACGUAUGACUAUUUGUUUGAUCCAGAUGAAGGUGAGUGUAGCAAAGUUCCCUGCCUCUGCAAAGCUUCAAACUGCCGGAAGUUUAUGAACUAACUCUCUGUACAUUACCGCUGAUUCACCCAUUCUUUCCAAUACCAUCUAUAUCUUAAUUUUUUUUCUGGGAAAAAAUAUAUUCAAGAUUGUGAUAGCUCAUUGUUACAGGCAUUCUUUCCUCACAGGGAAUCAUUUUUGUAAAUGGUGUAUACAUAGUGAUUAUAAAAAAAAAAGAAACA